AUGAGCGCCUCUCAGUCCAACGGCACUCCAUUAGAUACCACCGAAACCGUCUAUCAUGAACACUACAAGGGCCUGCAGGUUGGGUCCUACACGGACCAAAAGCUGCGACAUGCCUCUGCUCACCACCUGCACAUGACAAGUCGGCGCUUCUUUAUCGGACCGAUCCCUAGUGGAUGGCUUCAGGGACAUCGAAAAUCCUGGUAUCGAUCAAGAAUCCGACUGAAGAACUAUACAUCGCAGACACUUUCAUUUAAAGUGGACCCUGUCACAUUCCAUUACAGCCAACAAGACAAUGAUCUACCUCAGCAACCUUCGCAGCCAUUGGAGGAUAAUGUUGCCCUCACGUUUACCAAUACAAACCAGGAGCUCCCCGAAGACGAAGAAGAUAUAACUACCGAACAAGAGGAAUGUGAAGAGCCACAGGGAGAACUUCGAUCCCUCUCUCACCCCACGGCAGAAACAGAGGUGCCAACUCAGACAGAGACAGAGACAGAGACGGAAUCAGGAACAGAAACAGAGACGGACAGGCAUGGCAACGAAUUUGAAUCAGAGGAAGAUGACGAAAGCACUCCGCGCGCGAGUGCCCCGGCAAGUGCGAUGACACGAGAAAAUGUCUACAACGAUGGUACCGCAUCAUCCUCGUUCGUCACAGCCAGGGAGGAAGUAAGCAGCAGCGCUGAAUCGGGAUCUUCGACAUCUACUAUCCACGCUAGUCCAAACGUGGCCUUUUCUGAUCAGAGGCCUCGAUCACAAUGGUCGCAGAAUCUGAGUGUCGGGGGUCCCAGCAUUGGCAAUGCUAGUCCAUCGAUACAUCCUACUUCUGGAGUUCCAAGCGAAGCUGACUCUACCACCAAUUUGCUAAAAGGCAAGCGAAAGGAUCCGAAGACAUCGAGGAGCCAAGCCUCUGGUAUAUCCAAAUUCACGUUAGAACAUCAAGAACCCCAGGAUGAAGAUGAUACCGAACAAAACGACCUGGGUCAAGAGGAACAACCACAGGGGCGAAUUACGCGAAAGAUGGCAAAGUACAACUUAGAUGACAAUAUCAUGGAUAAGCAGCAGAGAUUGCGCUCUAAGUUAGCCAAGACCGGGAAUACCAUAUCCGCGAACCGGCCACGACGACGGAAGUUGCACGACGGAGAGAUCAUCAAAGCGGAAAGAAUGUUGGUUCUUGUUGAAGAGUCAAUGAAAGAGAUGCUUCCCGACGACUACUCUGAAAAUGAUAGUCUACGUAUGGAGAAUCGGACUGUGGAUAAAUGGCGUGAGUUUCUGGUUGUUUGUCGAAAGAGUUCAGCCGAGCAUGCGCCCUUCGUCCUUCAGAUGUAUCGGACUCGUGUAAUCCCUGACGUUCAAAACCCGAAUGUCAAGACACGGCCAUACUAUGAGGUUCGAUUGAAUCACAAGAACACUCGAGUCAAUCUAUACUCGUCGCUUGAUAAGACUAUUGUCAUUUGGCAUCCACGCAAGCGCGGCACAAAAAUCUAUAUCAUUCGACCCAAAUCUUCUGCCCAUGCUGCUGAAUGGUAUACGUUCAUUCGACAAGUGCUUGGGUGGAAACGGCCUACCAGCAUACCAGUGAAUGUUCCGGACCUUGGUGUUUCUCUGAUAUUCGAGAACCCGUUCCAGCAGUUGGAGGCUCAGCUGGGUUUGGGUCAUGAUGACAAUCAACACACUACUGUUCUCAGCCGAGCUGCAAAGGAGGAAAAAUAUGCCGCUGCUGCCAUUGUUCGAGGCUGUUUAGAAAUGCUAGAAGGUCGUCCGGAGUGGGCCGAAGUUCUCAAGUCUUGGUCCAAAACCGAGAAAAUGGGACUUGCCUGGAAACGGUAUGAUCGCCUUGAGUGGAUAUAUGGUACAAAUGAAGAGAAAAUGUGUGGAUCAAUUGCCAUGCAAUCAUCCCAUGAGCUCGAGCUUCGCCCACGCCACCACUAUUCAACAGCUGUCAAGAAGUUGACAGACAAAAGGGAAGACGAGCCGCCGCCACUAGAAGGAUUCUUGGUCCGCCUCACAUCACAAAAAGGUGUGCAUCAGAGAAUGAACAAGAUGUUUUAUAAACGUCUGUACUUCUUUACCGAGGAUCACCAUUUAUUAUUUUGCAGACCCGCCAAGGCCCUUCCUCCAGCGCCACCAAAAUUCGCACAGCCAGAGGAUUCGAGUAUACCGUCGGCCCAGGAAAUUUUAAGCCAAGCGCCAAUAUCUUGGGAUGUUAACCCAUACCCUGUCCAAGAUGGUGAAGUUGAGUGGCUAUCCAGUGGAAACCCAGAAUAUGUACAACGGCAUGACGAGGAAGCCUACGCACAGUGGCAAAGGAGUCUCCACAACAUCAACCAUGCAGAUGGAUACAUCGACCUAUGUAAGGUGCGUGAAGUACGCCGCAUGAAAUGGGGGAGUAGUCCUGCCGACCCCAAUAUUUCAGAAGGGCCGGCUGUCGACUUCAACCCUGAAGGAACCAGCUCACGUCGGGACGAUGGUUCUACCAAGCAAUUUGAUGACGAUCGGACAUUUGAAAUGGUUCUGGAGAAUGGAUUGGUCAUUCGUCUACAAGCAUAUGACACGUCCACCCGUGAUCAAUGGGUUAAAAGACUAGAUGCCUUAGUCAGUUACUGGAGAUGCCGCUGUGCUGACGAUGCCGCCGAAUUGAUCGCCGUACGUCAGCGUAAUCUGAAACUCCUGGAGAUUGACGAGGAGAUGGAGUCAAUUAUAGGCCAGUUUGCAAAGAAGUGGGAGGUGAAAAAGGCCGAGGCAUCUCCGCAUCUACACAAUAUGUGUGCGCUAUCCGGAUGCAGGACAAUAAAGAUGUCAGGUCAACUCUACCGCAAACCUCGUCGUCAUACUACAUUCGCCCGUUGCCACGUUCUGCUCUCGGAUGGCAAACUCCUCGUUUUCCGAAGCACAUUACGCAAAUACAAUGGUGUCCAAAUCCCACACAUUCACCAGGAACACGAGACAACCAUCGAUUUGCGAGACUGCUACAUCUACUCGGGACUCAUAACCGAGAAAGACCUUUUGUAUGCCAAUCAGACAUUUGAUAGUAAUCACCCAGGUCACCGCGCCCUGCCGCGCGUAUACCCUGCAUCGGAUUCCUUCACCAGCCGCGAUGAAGAUACUGCCACCACUUUUGUGAUCUGGCAACCCACCCAGAAGACCUUGUUCCGCGCCCAGGAACCCACUUUGCAAGGUACUGCAAAGCGGUCCCUACGCCAUGUCUCGACACUUGGCAAACACGGCCGGACGAUUGUGUUCAAGGCACGCAGCCGAGUUGAGAAGGACCGGUGGGUGAUGAGUAUAUCUUCUGAGAUCGAUCGACUUCAGGAAGAGAGACACGAAGACAUCCGCAUUGUCUCUCAUUAA